UCCCCAUCCUGUCGCGGCUCGAAAGGAAUGGAAAAUGGCGGCCUAGACGCGGAGUUUCCUGCCCGACCCGCGGCGGCUCCGGCGGCGCCAUGACGCGCUGGGUGCCCACCAAGCGCGAGGAGAAGUACGGCGUGGCUUUUUAUAACUAUGAUGCCAGAGGAGCAGAUGAACUGUCUUUACAGAUCGGAGACACUGUGCACAUCUUAGAGACAUAUGAAGGGUGGUACCGAGGUUACACCUUAAGAAAAAAGUCUAAGAAGGGCAUAUUUCCUGCUUCAUAUAUUCAUCUUAAAGAAGCGAUUGUUGAAGGAAAAGGGCAACAUGAAACGGUCAUCCCGGGUGACCUCCCCCUCAUCCAGGAAGUCACCACGACUCUCCGAGAGUGGUCCACCAUCUGGAGGCAGCUCUACGUGCAAGAUAACAGGGAGAUGUUUCGAAGUGUGCGGCACAUGAUCUAUGACCUUAUUGAAUGGCGAUCACAAAUUCUCUCUGGAACUCUGCCGCAGGAUGAGCUCAAAGAACUGAAGAAGAAGGUCACAGCCAAAAUUGACUAUGGAAACAGAAUUCUAGAUUUGGACCUGGUGGUUAGAGAUGAAGACGGGAAUAUUUUGGAUCCAGAAUUAACUAGUACAAUUAGUCUCUUCAGAGCUCAUGAAAUAGCUUCUAAACAAGUGGAGGAAAGGUUACAAGAGGAAAAAUCUCAAAAGCAGAACAUAGAUAUUAACAGACAAGCCAAGUUUGCCGCAACGCCUUCUCUGGCCUUGUUUGUGAACCUCAAAAACGUGGUUUGUAAAAUAGGAGAAGAUGCUGAAGUCCUCAUGUCUCUGUAUGACCCUGUGGAGUCCAAAUUCAUCAGUGAAAACUACCUGGUUCGCUGGUCCAGUUCUGGAUUACCUAAAGACAUAGACAGAUUACAUAAUUUGCGAGCCGUGUUUACUGACCUCGGAAGCAAAGACCUGAAAAGGGAGAAAAUCAGUUUUGUCUGUCAGAUUGUUCGAGUGGGUCGCAUGGAGCUGAGGGACAACAACACCAGGAAGCUGACUUCGGGGUUGCGGCGACCUUUUGGAGUGGCUGUGAUGGAUGUCACAGAUAUAAUAAAUGGAAAAGUAGACGAUGAAGAUAAGCAGCAUUUCAUUCCCUUUCAGCCGCUCGCGUUGGACGACGCCAUUCGACACAAGCCGCUGAACAUGUCAUCCCGUUUUUCACCCAGGGUGGCAGGGGAGAAUGACUUCCUUCAGACUGUUAUAAACAAAGUCAUCGCUGCCAAAGAAGUCAACCACAAGGGGCAGGGUUUGUGGGUAACAUUGAAAUUACUUCCUGGAGAUAUCCAUCAGAUCCGAAAAGAGUUUCCGCAUUUAGUGGACAGGACCACAGCUGUGGCUCGCAAAACAGGGUUUCCGGAGAUCAUCAUGCCGGGUGACGUUCGAAAUGAUAUCUAUGUAACAUUAGUUCAAGGAGAUUUUGAUAAAGGAAGCAAAACAACAGCGAAGAACGUGGAGGUCACGGUGUCUGUGUACGAUGAGGAUGGGAAGCGCUUAGAGCAUGUGAUUUUCCCCGGUGCUGGUGAUGAAGCAAUUUCAGAGUACAAAUCUGUGAUUUACUACCAAGUGAAGCAGCCGCGCUGGUUUGAGACUGUUAAGGUGGCCAUUCCCAUCGAGGACGUUAACCGCAGUCACCUUCGGUUCACCUUCCGCCACCGGUCAUCGCAGGACUCUAAGGAUAAAUCUGAGAAAAUAUUUGCACUAGCGUUUGUCAAGCUGAUGAGAUACGAUGGCACCACCCUGCGAGAUGGAGAGCAUGACCUCAUCGUCUAUAAGGCUGAAGCGAAGAAGCUGGAAGACGCAGCCACGUACUUGAGUCUGCCCUCCACGAAGGCGGAGUUGGAAGAAAAGGGCCACUCGGCCACGGGCAAGAGCAUGCAGAGCCUCGGGAGCUGCACCAUCAGCAAGGACUCCUUCCAGAUCUCCACGCUGGUGUGCUCCACCAAACUCACCCAGAACGUGGACCUCCUGGGGCUGCUGAAGUGGCGCUCCAACACCAGCCUGCUGCAGCAGAACUUGAGGCAGCUGAUGAAGGUCGAUGGCGGUGAAGUCGUGAAGUUCCUUCAGGACACAUUGGAUGCCCUCUUCAACAUCAUGAUGGAGAACUCGGAGAGUGAGACUUUUGAUACAUUAGUCUUCGAUGCUCUGGUAUUUAUCAUUGGACUGAUUGCUGAUAGAAAAUUUCAGCAUUUUAAUCCCGUUUUGGAAACAUACAUUAAGAAACACUUCAGUGCAACAUUAGCCUACACGAAGCUGACGAAAGUGUUGAAGAACUAUGUGGACAAUGCUGAGAAGCCGGGAGUCAAUGAGCAGCUGUACAAAGCCAUGAAAGCACUGGAGUCCAUCUUCAAGUUCAUCGUGCGCUCCAGGAUCCUGUUCAAUCAACUUUAUGAAAACAAAGGAGAGGCUGACUUCGUGGAAUCUUUGCUGCAGCUCUUCAGGUCCAUCAACGACAUGGUGAGCAGCAUGUCAGACCAGACCGUCCGGGUGAAGGGGGCAGCACUGAAAUACUUACCAACGAUCGUCAAUGACGUGAAAUUGGUGUUUGAUCCCAAAGAGCUCAGCAAAAUGUUUACUGAGUUCAUCCUCAAUGUUCCUGUUGGUUUGCUGACCAUCCAGAAGCUCUACUGCUUGAUCGAAAUUGUCCACAGUGACCUCUUCACACAGCAUGACUGCAGAGAGAUCCUGCUUCCCAUGAUGACCGAUCAGCUCAAGUACCAUCUGGAGAGACAGGAGGACCUGGAGGCCUGCUGUCAGCUGCUCAGCCACAUCCUUGAGGUGCUGUACAGGAAGGACGUGGGGCCAACUCAGAGGCACGUCCAGAUUAUCAUGGAGAAGCUUCUCCGGACCGUGAACCGAACCGUCAUUUCCAUGGGACGAGAUUCCGAGCUCAUUGGAAACUUCGUGGCUUGCAUGACAGCUAUUUUACGACAAAUGGAAGAUUACCAUUAUGCCCACUUAAUCAAGACUUUUGGGAAAAUGAGGACUGAUGUAGUAGAUUUCCUAAUGGAAACGUUCAUCAUGUUUAAGAACCUCAUUGGGAAGAACGUCUACCCUUUCGACUGGGUGAUCAUGAACAUGGUACAGAAUAAAGUCUUCCUGCGAGCGAUUAAUCAGUAUGCAGAUAUGCUGAACAAAAAGUUUCUGGAUCAAGCCAACUUCGAGCUACAGCUGUGGAACAACUACUUUCACCUGGCUGUUGCUUUCCUUACUCAAGAGUCCCUGCAACUGGAGAAUUUUUCAAGUGCCAAGAGAGCCAAAAUCCUUAACAAGUACGGAGAUAUGAGGAGACAGAUUGGCUUUGAAAUCAGAGACAUGUGGUACAACCUCGGUCAACACAAGAUAAAGUUUAUUCCAGAAAUGGUGGGUCCGAUAUUAGAAAUGACAUUAAUUCCUGAGACGGAACUGCGCAAAGCCACCAUCCCCAUCUUCUUUGAUAUGAUGCAGUGUGAAUUCCAUUCGACCCGAAGCUUCCAAAUGUUUGAAAAUGAGAUCAUCACCAAGCUGGAUCAUGAAGUGGAAGGAGGCAGAGGAGACGAACAGUACAAAGUGUUAUUUGAUAAAAUCCUUCUGGAGCACUGCAGGAAGCAUAAAUACCUUGCCAAAACAGGAGAAACUUUUGUAAAACUCGUUGUGCGCUUGAUGGAAAGACUUUUGGAUUAUAGAACCAUCAUGCACGAUGAGAACAAGGAAAAUCGCAUGAGCUGCACCGUCAAUGUGCUGAAUUUCUACAAAGAAAUUGAAAGAGAAGAAAUGUAUAUAAGGUAUUUGUACAAGCUCUGCGACUUGCACAAGGAGUGCGAUAACUACACCGAAGCGGCUUACACCUUGCUUCUCCAUGCAAAGCUUCUGAAGUGGUCAGAGGAUGUGUGUGCGGCCCACCUCACCCAGCGGGACGGGUACCAGGCCACCACGCAGGGGCAGCUGAAGGAGCAGCUCUACCAAGAAAUCAUCCACUUCUUCGACAAAGGCAAGAUGUGGGAGGAGGCCAUUGCCUUGGGCAAGGAGCUAGCCGAGCAGUAUGAAAACGAAAUGUUUGAUUACGAGCAACUCAGCGAAUUGCUGAAAAAACAGGCUCAGUUUUAUGAAAAUAUCGUCAAAGUGAUAAGACCCAAGCCGGACUAUUUUGCUGUUGGCUACUACGGACAAGGAUUCCCCACAUUCCUACGGGGAAAAGUUUUCAUUUACCGAGGGAAAGAGUAUGAGCGCCGGGAAGAUUUUGAGGCUCGGCUAUUAACUCAGUUUCCAAAUGCUGAGAAAAUGAAGACAACAUCUCCACCAGGUGAAGACAUUAAAAACUCUCCUGGCCAGUAUAUUCAGUGCUUCACAGUAAAGCCCAAACUCGAUCUGCCUCCUAAGUUUCACAGGCCUGUGUCAGAGCAGAUUGUAAGUUUUUACAGGGUGAACGAGGUGCAGCGAUUUGAAUAUUCUCGGCCAAUCCGAAAAGGAGAGAAAAACCCAGACAAUGAAUUUGCGAACAUGUGGAUCGAGAGAACCAUAUACACAACUGCGUAUAAACUACCUGGAAUUUUAAGGUGGUUUGAGGUCAAGUCUGUUUUCAUGGUGGAAAUUAGCCCCCUGGAGAACGCCAUCGAGACCAUGCAGCUGACAAAUGACAAGAUCAACAGCAUGGUGCAGCAGCACCUGGACGACCCCAGCCUGCCCAUCAACCCGCUCUCCAUGCUCCUGAACGGCAUCGUGGACCCAGCUGUCAUGGGGGGCUUCACAAACUACGAAAAGGCAUUCUUUACAGACCGGUACCUGCAGGAGCACCCUGAGGCCCGUGAAAAGAUCGAGAAGCUCAAGGACCUGAUUGCCUGGCAGAUUCCAUUUUUGGCCGAAGGGAUAAGAAUUCACGGAGACAAAGUCACGGAGGCACUGAGGCCAUUCCAUGAGAGGAUGGAAGCCUGUUUCAAGCAGCUGAAGGAGAAAGUGGAGAAACAGUACGGCGUCCGAAUCCUGCCCUCAAGUCUGGACGAUAGAAGAGGCAGCCGCCCCCGGUCCAUGGUGCGGUCCUUCACGAUGCCUUCCUCAUCCCGGCCUCUGUCCGUGGCCUCUGUCUCUUCCCUCUCAUCCGACAGCACCCCUUCCAGGCCAGGCUCCGACGGGUUUGCUCUGGAGCCUCUGCUACCAAAGAAAAUGCACUCCAGGUCCCAGGAUAAGCUGGACAAGGAUGACCUGGAAAAGGAGAGGAAGGACAAGAAAAAGGAAAAAAGGAACAGCAAACAUCAAGAGAUCUUUGAGAAAGAAUUUAAACCCACCGACAUUUCCCUGCAGCAGUCUGAGGCUGUGAUCCUUUCAGAAACGAUAAGUCCCCUGCGGCCCCAGAGACCGAAGAGCCAGGUGAUCAACAUCAUUGGAAGUGAAAGGCGCUUCUCGGUGUCCCCCUCAUCACCGUCCUCCCAGCACACACCCCCUCCGGUUACACCAAGGGCCAAGCUGAGCUUCAGUGUGCAGUCGAACUUGGAGCUGAAUGGCAUGAUGGGGGUGGACGUGGCCGAUGUCCCACCCCCUCUGCCUCUCAAAGGCAGCGUGGCAGAUUAUGGGAAUGUAAUGGAAAACCAGGACUUGCUGGGCUCGCCAACACCUCCACCUCCUCCUCCGCACCAGAGGGUGGCGCAAAGAGCAAUGGUACCUCUCGGGAGCUGUGCAGAUGGCGGGAGAAUGCUCAGAGGCAUCAGAAAGGCCCAGGGCCAUAGCAGCCCUGCCUUGAGCCAAGCAGACCUUCCAGCCCCGCGUCAGACAGGAUGGAGCCCAGUUCACGUGGAGAGGAUGGUUCCGGCUGAGUGGCUCUGCCAGGUCAGACCCCGCCUGGAGACGGCUUCUCCUCUGUCGGGAACAUCAAUAAUAUGAUGUCUUCCCCAUCCUCGUGUUUUCCAGCAUCUGCCACCUCCACUGCCCAGCAAAACUCCGCCUCCUCCCCCUCCAAAGACAACUCGCAAGCAGACAUCAGUGGACUCCGGGAUUGUGCAGUGAAGUCGCAAGCCUGUCUGGAAAGAGUGCGCUGCCCCUCCCCGUCUCCAUGUCCCCUCCCUCUGUGCACCCUGAGUCUGCUGUUUACCUCAAUGGGCCUGUGAUGUUAACAUUUCGUGCAAUUGCUUUUCCUUCAGAGGAGUUCAGUUCCCGCCAUGGAGCGGCCUUUAGCGUCAUGGAGCAAGGUGGGUCGGGGAGGCGCGUCUGUCUGGGAUGUGCCCUCAGGGUUGCAGAGUUGGGGGCCUCUGAGUGUGUCUGGCUCUGAGAGAGCCUGAGUCUUGCCCAAACAUUCUUUCUUUUUGUGCCAAAUGACUUGCAUUUGCAAAGAGCUCAAUUGCUCUGAGCUCAGCCAAGUAAGAGAGGAUAGGCCUUCACUCUUGGGAAACUGUGCAGUGAUGAUGGAGAAGAAUCCUCCUUGUCCCUCUGUAGGACGAACCUUGUUCCAGCCAGUAGUGUGACUUCGUUGGUUGAGGUGUGUCUCCAACUCAAUGAAGUUGAGCCCCUCCAGGGAAGUUCCUGAUUUCCGGGCAUCAUUUAAAAUAGGAUCUUUCUCAGCUACUGAAUAGUUACUAAUUUAUGGGGUAGAAACAGCAUUCAGAAUACUGAAUCAAAUGGAAAAACAAGUAAAUAUAGGAAGAUGAAUUUUUGUUGUUUAUUGAAAGAGUAUGUGUACCACAAGAGCUGGUUUUAAUUGGGUGAAUGGUUUUUGUCCUCAUUCUGUACAGAAGUUUGUAUAUAUGAUGGUUCUUAGAACUCGUUUUAAUUUUUGGUGGUCCUUCUGUUUAUUAUAAUAGGCAUCCACAGAGGAUUCUCCCUAUGUGUUCUUAAUGUUUAACAGCUGGAAGUGUUUUAAAAAAACACACAAAUUAAAAUUUUUUUCAGAACCCUGAAGUCCUGAAAAUGUUGGUGGACAAUGAUUUUUUAAAAAACUAACUUUGUGUAACCUAAUAUUUGUAUUCUAUCAUCUAUAUUUUUUUAUUCACUAUAAUCAUGAUACUCUUCUAAUAGACUCAGAAGUUAAUCAUUGACAAUGAAAAAUAAAAUGUCAUUUUGAAAGA